UGCUGAUCGCUGCUGUGCUGCAAGGCAGGCAGGCAGGCAGGCAGGCAGGCAGGCAGGCAAAGCAGCUGCAGAGACACCAGGGAACGCUCACUACAACGGACAGGCUCAUGUUGGGAAAGUCAGAAAGGCAACCUUUGCCUAUUCUGUGAUUUUAAGUCCAAAAUUGUUCACUUGUAACCUUUUGCUGAUAACAUUUUCUUUAUCUUUAAGCCUGCGUGGGAAUAUAUUUUUCAUUCUCUCGACCUGAAAUGACUGCUAAUCGCCGUGUCUAGCCAAUGGUUACUGCGGGGGCUCCUGUCUUGUGGAUUAUCCGUCGUCGCCGAGCCAGUUGCAUGGUCGAGCCCGGAGGAGGCCCCGCUCUGCUGGAUGGAUGUGUGUGAAGCAGCGCCAGACUCUGAGUACUGAUGAAGACGGUGAUAAUGAUGAUGCUUGGGUUUCAUCGGCAGCGGGUGAACUGAUCUUGGAUGUUCGGGCUAUAUCGCCCCCAAACAAACCAUUUCCUCAUAGAGCAAAACAUAUAUUCCUUAAAAACUGGACGCCCCUGGAGCAGUUUAUGACGACCCUGGUAGGAGCGUGAUGAGCGCGCGCUUCCGCUUGCCUGCUGGCAGAUCCUACAAUGUCCGGGCGACGGAGUUGGAGCGAGACAGGCAGCACACACAGGUUGUGUGCAACGUACUGCUGCUGGACAACACUGUCCAGGCGUUCAAAGUCAGCAAGUCGGAUCAUGGCCAGGUGUUGCUGGAUGCUGUCUUUAAGCACCUGGAGCUGACUGAGAGAGACUACUUUGGCCUGCACUUGGCUGAUGACUCCUUAGAUACGCCACGCUGGCUCGAUCCCAACAAGCCCAUCAGGAAACAGUUAAAAAGAGGGUCUCCCCAUAACUUGAGCUUCAGAGUCAAAUUCUUUGUGACAGACCCCAACAAACUUCAGGAAGAAUACACGCGGUACCAAUAUUUUCUUCAGAUCAAGCAGGAUAUAUUUACUGGAAGAUUGCCGUGUCCACACACCACAGCCGCACUGCUGGCAUCCUAUGCUGUUCAAUCUGAGUUGGGGGACUACAGUGAAGCGGAGCAUACACCAGGCUAUCUGUCGGAAUACUGCUUCAUCUCCAACCCUCCACAGGACUUCCACAAAGAGGUCGCCAAACAUCACCAGCAACACAGUGGUCUAUCUCCUGCCCAGUCAGAGUUUAAUUAUCUGAACACAGCACGCACGCUGGAGCUCUAUGGUGUAGAGCUGCACUAUGCAAGGGACCAGAGCAACACAGAGAUUCUCAUUGGGGUGAUGUCCGCCGGCAUUGUGAUUUACAAGAACAGGGUACGGAUCAACUAUUUCCCAUGGUUGAAAAUUGUAAAAAUCUCCUUCAAGUGCAAACAGUUCUUCGUCCAGCUAAGAAGAGAGGCGACUGAGACCCGGGAGACGCUGCUGGGUUUCAACAUGGUGAACUAUCGGGCCUGUAAAAACCUCUGGAAGGCCUGUGUGGAGCACCACACCUUCUUCAGGCUGGAGCGGCCCAUCCCGCCACAGAAGAACUUCUUCGCUCACUACUUCACCCUGGGCUCAAAGUUCAGAUACUGCGGGCGGACAGAAGUGCAGUCUGUGCAGUAUGGAAAGGAGAAAGGAAUCAAGGACAGAGUGUUUGCCAGAUCUCCCAGUAAGCCAUUGGCCAGGAAGUUGCUGGGCGGAACUGACUGGGAGUCGGUCAGCAGGAACAGCCUAUCAGAUGAGAGACUGGAGACGCAGAGCCUGCCCACUCGCUCACCGCCUGGGACGCCCAAUCAGAACUCGCUGUUUGUACAAGAGGGCACACGACUACGCCCGUCGUCCGUUGGCCACCUGGUCGAUCAUGUGAUCCACGCUUCACCCAGCCUGCCUGUCUUCUCCUCCAAUCACAAGUCGGCAUCGUCCACACAGGCCAACAGCAUCAGCUUGGACUCCACACCGUCUCCAGAGGGGCUAGAUGGCCAGCCUCCAGCUUUGCCCCCCAAGCAGCUGAGCAGGAAGACUUUAAGCCAGAUCAUCCAGGCCCACUCACAGCAGAGCCUCCUGGACAACCACCUCAACGAGAUGUACGAUGUUCCUGUCAAUGCUGAUAAGACCACGCUAAAUGGAGUUGUCCCUCAUGAUAAUCUGGUCCUGAUCAAGAUGCGACCUGAUGAACAUGGACGUUUCGGCUUCAAUGUCAAGGGUGGAGCUGACCAAAAGAUGCCCAUCAUUGUGUCUCGAGUGGCUCCGGGAACAUCAGCCGACCUGUGUGUGCCUCGCCUUAAUGAGGGCGACCAAGUGGUCUUAAUUAAUGGACGGGACAUCUCUGACCACACCCAUGACCAGGUGGUCAUGUUCAUCAAAGCCAGCUGUGAGAGCCACUCUGGGGAGCUCAUCCUAUUGGUCAGACCAAAUGCCAUCUAUGAUGUGGUGGAGGAGAAGGUGGACUCAGAGCCAGAUUUUCAGUACAUCCCUGAGAAGUCCCCUCAGGACCCUGCCCAGCUAGACCAGCAUGCUUUGAGGGACUCCAUGGUCACACUGAAGGAAGGCCUGAGCAGUGGAGCCAUACUGGCACAGUUUGAUCAACUGUACAGGAAGAGGCCGGGGAUGACCAUGCUGUGUGCCAAAUUACCUCAGAACGUUUCCAAAAAUCGCUACAGAGACAUCUCUCCUUAUGAUGCCACGCGGGUCAUUCUGAAAAGCACAGAUGACUACAUCAAUGCAAAUUACAUCAAUAUGGAGAUUCCAGCCUCCAGUCUGAUAAACCGCUACAUAGCAUGCCAGGGCCCCCUGCCCAACACCUGCCCUGACUUCUGGCAAAUGACAUGGGAGCAGGGCUCAUCUAUGGUGGUCAUGCUGACUACACAGGUCGAAAGGGGGCGGGUGAAGUGUCACCAGUACUGGCCCAAUCCAGACAGCAGCGCCACCUAUGGAGACUUUACAGUAACGUGCCACAAUGAAGAGGGCAACACUGCCUUCUUGGUCCGGGAGAUGACUCUCAUGCACACACAGAGUGAGCAACAGAGAGAGCUUACCCAGAUUCAGUACUUGGCUUGGCCAGACCACGGCGUUCCUGAUGACUCCACUGAUUUCCUGGACUUUGUGGCUCUGGUACGGACCAAACGGGCUGGACAGGACCAGCCAAUGGUGGUACACUGCAGCGCGGGGAUUGGUCGGACAGGGGUCCUUAUCACCAUGGAGACGGCAUUGUGUCUAAUGGAGUGCGGUCAGCCAGUGUAUCCUCUAGAUAUCGUCAGGACCAUGAGAGACCAGAGGGCCAUGAUGAUCCAAACACCUAGCCAGUACCGCUUUGUAUGUGAGGCCAUCCUGAAAGUCUACGAGGAGGGCCUGGUCAAACCACUCAAGACCGCCAUCUACCAGCAGAGAGAAAAGGUGCACGAGGAGAGGGAGGAGGAAAAGAAAGAGCAGCAGAAAGCAGGAGAGGGAGAAGAGACGGUAACGGCGGAGGAAGGCGAGGCGGCUGUGGUGGAGUUGCUGGAAGGAGGUCUGGAUGACGAGGAUGAUGACGACGAAGAGGUGGAAGUGCUGGAUGUGGGAGAAGUGACAGAAGAGGAUGAAGAGGAGGAGGAAGUGGAGGAGCCGAGCGUCGCAAGCGCCACCAGCGUGACCAGCGAGACCAGCGUGAACCCUGACUCUGAUCCUGCUAACCCGUGACGUUUGAUCUUCGGGAGUCAUCAGGGGUCACCGUGAGGCAGCCAGGUGGCCAGAGGAGAGAACAAAAGCACUGUUGCACUUUAUGCUGACAAAAAUGGAAAAAAAGACACACAAAUGAACAAACGUGAAAAUUAUGGACAAGCUAGAAUAAAAAAAAGAAAUCCAGCUGUGUUGAAUAGGAACCAUUAGGGAAAAUGGUACAGAAAAAAGUAUUCAAAGAAUGAAAAGAUAGAAGUACGAGAGAAUAAAAUGUGGAUGGGGAAUUGCUGUAGUGCCAUAAGUACGAAGGGGAAGGGCUGCCCCCAUGAAUGGAAAGUUACUUUUUUUCCAUAAAGGGUUGCCCUGUCCCCUUCUGAGCGAGUCUGCCAGACGGACCUGCCUUUUUUUUAGUGUCCUUUUAGCUGAUAAAGAGAUACCUUAUCUUUUGUUCAUCAGAAAGAGUAUUUAUUGUGUUUUAGUUUGUGUCAAACCCUGUCCACUGAACAAAAAAAAAACCCGUGUAUGUUUGUUUGUAUGAAUCUAGAGCUUCAUGCUUUCCUGAUUAAAUCUUAGGUAGUAAAGUAGUGCGAUUCCUCUUCUUCUAACUACUUCUUUAUUUUGUUUGCUUUUUGUGGGAAAAAAAAACAGUGAUUUAAUUUAUUGUACUUGGUUUCUAUCUUUCUCAGCUUUCUUGUCUAAGUUUCUGACAGCACAGACUGACAGAUGGACAGCUGAAAGCACUUUGUGUCUCACCUCUUGUUCAAUGCUGUGGCAAGUUGGAUUCUUUAUCCUGCUUUGUGCUGUGUUUUUGAGCUUACAGACAAACACGCUCUGAAGCGGCCAUUGUUUGGCGUGGUGAAGAACAUAACUGGUUUACAAUCCUCAGGGCCUAUGUGUUUACUGGGCUCCUCUCUUUCACUUCUGUUCUAGUCACAGCGGCUACUGUUGCUCUGCGACUACAGACCUCCCACUGAAAGACAUAAUGAUAGAAAAUUUUGCCUUGCAGCAGUGAUCAAUUCAAAACAAAUUCUCCUCACGUUACGUAAUGCUCAACAGCACAUUAAUGCAACACAAGAAAAUGAAGACAGUGUUGUAAUGAGAGGCCCCAGUAGACACACAGCUCACAAUUUAAGCUAUUUCCCAGCCGUCAUGGCUGAUAAAGCUAAGAAACAAGGCUGAGGUCAGUUAAUUUCUGUCUUCAAUUUCACAUGCGGCCAAUUUAAUAUUUGAAUCAAACCUUCAGCUCACUUGCUACUGACUAAGUGGGCAGCAGGGUCCCUGGUGGAGUGUCCUUGAGCCAGACACUGACUGUAUGUGAAGCUCUGUGGCUUACCUCUGAUUGGUUUCCCCAGAGCAGGACAACUUUUAGCUAAUGUCGAUCAACUUUGUGCAACCCAAAUGUGUCUUGCUUACUUUGCACAGGUCAGUGUGUUAGAACCUGAGAGACAAAUAGCGGUCAUAGUACCCAAAAAAUAAAAAAAUAAAAAUCAGACACCAGUAUCAUUCAUUAGUUUUCAAGUAAUUGAAAGCUGCUAGAAUGUUUAUGCAAUCAGUACCACCACCACUCCCACAAAAAACACUAGCUUGCUGAGUUGACAGUGAACUGAUCUCAACCUUAGUGUGAAUGGUAAAAGCAUGACUUUAAAGGCUCCCUCCACUGACCUCCCCACAUUUUUUUUUACAUCCAGACGGUCAAGACAUUUGAAUCUUGCAAAACCCAGAUCUCUACACAUUUGCAGAUGAGACUGGUGGAUCAUCGCUUUGUGUGAGCAGUCGUAUGACCCAGCAUUAAACUCAGUAAGACUAGUUAUUUGGGUUUUUUUUAACUAAGUUUUAGUGGGCUUUAGAGGUCACUGGAGCGGGGCUUUAAACCAACCUUUGCUGUUUCAUUUUUUUUUCUAAAUCUGUUCAAAGAAGCAGCACAAACAGAACAUUCAACCAGUGCUUUUCCUUUUUUUUAUUGAUCUUUCCAAAUGCUACUUCAUUUUAAGGCACAUGUUGUUUUUAAGCCAAGAUGAUGUGUUAAUGAGACUAAGUGAUGACUUGUAUUUUUAAGCAUCAAGUUGCUUGUUGAGUCUUUUUUUUUGUCUAAGUACAGGUUAAGCUGCCAUUGUACUUUACAUAGCGGUAUGGAAUGCAGUGUAGCCUCUUCAUAAUCUGAGAUCUUUUUCUUACCGGCUGCUUCGGUACCUGCUGUCAUUGGCUCCUUCCAUGGAUUCUGCUGGAAAAAAACCUACUGCUGUGAGUGUGUGAGUGUGUGAGUGAGUGUGUGAGUGUGUGAGUGUGUGAGUGUGUGUGUGUGUGUGUGUGUGUGUUCAGAUUUCUGUCUUUAUCUAUCUCUUUCUCUGUACCUCUCCCUCCUCCAUUUCUAACAUAUAGUUUGUUAGCUGUCUGGUCUAAGCCUGCUUGUCCAUUAACUGGAAUGAAAGGUUUGAUGAAAGAGCCUUCUUGGAAAGUAACAUUGUUUAGUUAAGAAGCAGGCUGACUCUUUGCCUAUGAAACAUUUCAAACUGUGCUCAUCUCAAACAGCUGAAUCAUACUUUUGCCACACAGAGAGGUGGGAUCAAGAAGAGCCUAGAAACUGCUUUCCUCGUCGCUCUAUUUUUUUAAAAAAUCUCUCCUGAAUUGCGGCCCUCUCCCCACACUCCUUCUCUCAGGCAACAGUCAUUUCAGCAGAGCCCACGCAACAUCAACAGUCCAUUCUUCUUACUGUUCUUCCCCAGAUGCCUCUCUUUUGGAUCAUUAUACAUGGAUCCCACUCUCUCUGCAUGGGCUCAAGGCAAGUGGCACAUCAAGCAGAAUAUCAUGGGCACAGUAGCACAGUAUCAAGCUUGUUUUCCACAGAAGGAUAAACUGAGGCUAGCCAGUGAAUGACUGACUGAAUAAACUUUUUAUUGACAGUUACAAAUACAUAGCAGACCCUAUAUGUAUGAGCUUACUGUAUAAUCAAAAGAACAAAAACACAGUUCAGCCCCCAGUGGCUUCUUACAUCAGCUUUUGUGUUCAGCAGCAGGGCCGACCAAAUCAAAUUACCACCAAAUCAAAAUUAAUUACCCCUGAAGGCCUCCCGAUAAAGUGGCAUCAAUAACAAGUUCAAAAAAACCUGGACAAUUUCUAACAAGAAAAUAAAAACAUCUGCCCUGCAGUGAAAAGUUAAUAAUUGAUAAAUCAGGGCUGCCAGAGUUUCCAUCUGCACAAAAUGUCCAGCAAUGAGCUGUCUGUGUUCAAAGUGGUUUGUUUUUGACACAUAAUUGGUACUGUGUGUGCGUUUAGGGUACUGAUCAAAGGUGGUUUGGAAGGGACCAGACACGGGGAGGGCUCAGGUUAGUUGUAUUUUUGUAAAGAUGAAAACAGCUCUAGUUGGGUAGGGAAAGGACAGCACUUUGUAGAAGGCUGAGUGGCAGGUAGUGCUACUGAAGAAAAAAAAAGUUGGAGACAUAAAGCAUUGUUGAAAUGAGUUGUUCUCUUUUCUUUGUCAUUUUUAUUUUGUUUAAAAAUAAGACCUGUAGGGAACAAGAAAAAAGAAAAGAACUCCUAACUACACAGUGCCACUUGUUAAUUUUGUGUAAAUAAUACUAGACCAUGUAAAUACAAUGUUGUAUAUGAAAAAAAAUCUUUAAAAUAAAAGGGAAAAUCAUUUGUGAGCAGAAAGAUUUUGUUUUUAUUUUAUUUUUGUUUGUUUUUCCCUCUCCUUUGGAUGAUUCAAAUGUGACACAAAUGGUAUGUAUUUCAAGACUGCUAUUUCAAAAAUUUUGUUUUAUUUGAAACGUAAUCUAUAACAGUGAGUGUAUAUAUGAUGAAACACAAAAUAAUGGGAAAUGUUUUACCGUAUUAUACCCUUGGUUAACUCCUACCUGUGUCAUAAAAACCUUUGUCCUCC